CCGGGCCCAGCCAAGUGAAGCGGUGCGGGCGGCGGUGCGGGGUGAGGCGGCCGAGGCGGCGCGGCGGGAUGUGCGGGCGCACGUCCUGCCACCUGCCCCGGGACGCGCUCACCCGGGCCUGCGCCUACCGGGACCGGCGGGGCCAGCACCGGCUCCCCGAGUGGAGGGACCCCGACAAGUACCGGCCCUCCUACAACAAGAGCCCGCAGUCCGACGGCCCCGUGCUGCUGUCCCGCCUCCACUUCGAGAAGGGUGCAGACUCAUCUGAGCGUGUCAUUGCUCCUAUGCGAUGGGGCUUGGUCCCAUCUUGGUUCAAAGAAGAUGAUCCUUCCAAACUGCAGUUCAACACGAGCAACUGCCGUAGUGAUACCAUGAUGGAGAAACUGUCCUUCAAGGUGCCUCUGGGGAAGGGGAGACGCUGUGUUGUUCUGGCAGAUGGAUUCUACGAGUGGCAGCGAAGUCAGUACACGAGCCACAGGCAGCCAUACUUCAUCUACUUCCCCCAAAUCAAAACAGAAGAGUCUGGCAGUAUUGAUGCUGCAGAUAGUCCUGAGGACAGGGAGAAAGUUUGGGACAACUGGAGGCUACUAACAAUGGCUGGGAUCUUUGACUGCUGGAAGCCACCACAGGGAGGAGACUGCCUGUAUUCCUACACCAUCAUCACAGUGGACUCCUGCAAAGGCUUGAAUGACAUCCACCAUAGGAUGCCUGCCAUAUUAGAUGGAGAGGAGGCAGUCUCUAAAUGGCUUGAUUUUGGUGAGGUCUCCACUCAGGAAGCUUUGAAGCUAAUCCACCCCACAGACAACAUCGCCUUCCACCCGGUCUCUCCCGUGGUGAACAACUCCCGAAACAACACGCCUGAGUGUGUGGCUGCUGUUGACUUACAGGCCAAAAAGGAGCUCAAGGCAAGCGGCAGCAGCCAGAUGUUGCAGUGGCUGGCCACAAAGUCACCCAAAAAGGAAAACCCCAAAACACCCCAAAAGGCAGUGCCAGAUGUGCCCCAGUGGUCCAGCCAGUUCCUGCAGAAGAGCCCACUCCCUACCAAGAGAGGAGCAGCUGGGCUCAUGGAGCGAUGGCUGAAACAGGAGAAGGAGGAAGAGCCAGCGGCCAAGCGGCCUCACAGCCAGUAAUGCAGGACUUUGAGAGACCAGGGUCAUGGUUGCUGCACUAAAUGCUGUUGAUGAUAACAGGUUCUUUCACUGUGUGUCUAUGGCUUUGCUUUGGGAGGAGGUAGCACCGUGUUAGUUCACAGCUGUGGGUUCAUGGGGGAGUGGCUAGCCUGGCUGGGACGGAGAACACACAGAGGGGAUUUGGGCAGCCGGGAGGGCCCACCCCACCCCCAUCAGCUCACAGGGGUCCAUCAUGCCGGCAGCCCUAUUGGUGAGACUGACAGAGCCUCCCUCAAAGCCUGAUCCUACUGGCAGUUCUCAGCUCCUGGUCUGGUGCUGCUGAACCUUUGGGCUCUGUCAGUCUUUUGGAAUUAAGUUCUUAACACGUAUUUUUUUUUCUGAAUAAAUUAUAUUUUACAAACUGUUUAUAUUUCAAAAAAUGCUGCUAUUGGUGGGGGUACUCUGGGACUUAUUUUGGGCUUUCUGUGGACAAAACUGCUUUUUUGGAAACAAACAAAAGGUUUGCUGGCGGGGUUCUUUAAUGAGUCUCUUCUCUCAAUCUUGGAAGUUGUCUGAA